GAAAUGCAAGGUGGGCGGGGCCAAAAGUAAAAAAUAGUCCAAAGUCUCCCGGAAAUAAAAUACAGGACGAGCAGGAGGAGGGUUGUGCUGACAGAAAGAAUCUUCAAACAAAACCAUGUAUCCCAAUACUCCAGGGCAGCCCGGUUACCCACCAAAUCCAGGAUAUCUACCACCCACUAAUCCAGCUUACCCUCCAUCUACACAGCCUGGAUACCCCUCAGGACAACCAGUAUAUCCCCCAGGGAACCCUGCUUAUCCUCCUGGUCAGCCUGGAUAUGCUGUCGGGCACCCAAGUUAUCCUGGACAACCUGGUUAUCCUGGACAACCUGGUUAUCUCCCUCCACAUUCUGGUCCUUGCCCACCAGUCAUGCCAGGGUAUCCAGGGAAUCCUAUGAUGCCUGGUUAUCCAAUGGAUAAAAAAAUGAGAAAGAAGAUGAAGAAGGCAAACAAAAAAGCACACAAGCAGCAUGGCUAUGGGAGGAGAUCUUCAUCCUCCUCUUCCUCUAGCAGUGACUAAAACAUUCAAAAUUAUUGAAAAAAUCCUCAGGGUUAAUCCCCUGCACCAAAGUGUAGCAUGCACAGAUUUCACAGAAGACAAGCCUGCUGCAGACCCAAGUGUCUUAUGUAUGUUAUUAUCCUGGAUGAAUGUAAUUAUACCCGCAGCGUCUUGUGGUUAUUACUCUGCUAGAGCGAUGCCAUACAUUCCUGCUAUGAUAAUAUAUAUUAUCAUUGUAAACUGAAAAGGACUUGCUUCUAAAAAUAAAGUUUUAAUUUACUAUACAAUUAACCUUU